GGUUACCUGAGGUCACUAAACAUCAUCUGUCUACAUGUGAUUGGGAAGGCAAGGAGGCACACAAAAGCAUGAUCAUCACUGAAACAGAUGGGUUGUGCAGGUAAACAGUAGAAGACAUGUGUGACAGUGCCACAGCCACAUUUGCUGGAAUCCCUUGUCUACCCAGUGAGGUACAGGGCGAGAUUUUGUAUCGCCUCCAUGAUGGGGUGGCGUUGACAAAUGCUCGUCAGGUGUGUCGCCUUUGGAAACAGCUUGUGGACCAACCAGGGGACAAGCAGGUUUGGUACACCAUCUGCAGACACACCAUCCCAAAUGGAGUUCUACAACAUAUGACUCAAUUUGACAGGGACACCUUCUUCCAGACAUCUUCCAACAAGGUUGCAAAGAGCUCAUGGUCCUGUGGAAAAAAACACCAGCUUGAGCAAAGGAUAUCUUUGUCAUCUCAAGAUAGAAGACAUUCUCAAAACACCAUUCCUGACUGUAUUGUCCACAAGGAUAUAAACUGCCAGUGUAACAGCCAGAUACAGCCGUGUGUAUCAGACCCUGUGGUGUACUGGAGGAGUGUGUAUAUGGAGUGGUACAGAGGAAGGUUUGCAGGGAAGUGGGCCAUGGUGAAGACUCAGUACAAUCAAACAUUCGGGCCACUCAUCAAUUCCAUAGCCAUAUCAGGAGACUACAUCCUGACCGGUAUGGGGAACGGGUCCAUUCUGCAGUGGGAGGCCAUCACAGGCAGGCUGAUGGGGAAGUGUCAUGCUAACGUUGGAGGUGCCGUCAUGGCCCUACACUGGAGAGGUGGAUACAACUCCAGGUACAAUGCUAGCAGCCAGAGCCAGUGUCUACACGACUUUGUUGUGACAGGUGGGAGGGACGGGUUAGUUUACGUCCUGCCACUCCCUCUGACACAGGCAGCAGCAGCUCCUGACCAGCCCGCACACAGGAUGCACAUGCACAUGCCCUUGGUGGGAUCAGCUGUCAACUGUAUCAGUGUUUGGCAGGACAGAGUGAUUGUAGCAGGAGCUGCAGGGGACCUGUGUGUGUUGUACUUCUCCAGAAACAGUGCAGGAGUGAUUAGUCCACACUUCUGCCCCACCCACCACUACAGGCUGCAGGGAGCGCACUUUAAAACUGUCAAGUCUGUGGUUCAGACACAGGACAAGGCUCUGUCCUACUCGGAUAGCAAGCUGCUGCUGUGGUGCCUGUUGACGAGGCAGUGCCUGAGGGAGGUGAGGAGGGGUGAGUGGGUGGUGGGGAUGGUACCACACGGCAACGCUGCACUGCUUCUGUCUUCAGGUGUUGGCCCAGUCACUGAGGUAGAUCUGGAUAGCUGGGUGGAGGUGGAUGUUCUGGAGAGAGAGGAACAGGUCACACCUUGGAGCUGCAUCGCUGCACAUGGAGACCUCAUAGCUGUGGGGACCAACUCAGGACAGGUAACUCUGUAUCACACUGUCACCAAGUCCAGAACCAUCCUCAGGGUUUCUGAUGCACCAAUCACGGCGCUGGACAUUGGGGAUGAUGGGGAGGGGCCAGUGGUUGCCAUAGUCACCAAUACAUCACCUGCUGUCUGGGUCUACCAUUGGUUCCCCCCAGAUGAUGAAGACACAUAGUUCAAAGGGCCAAUCUGGACCAAGAAACUGUCAUGAAAAAUGAA